ACGAGAUAACCCCUUCCCAUCAUCCUCUCUUGUUUUGGCGGUGCGGAAAAAAGAAAAGAAGAUCUCCCAUCGAAAUAUGAACCUAGAAUUACUCGAAUCGUUCGGACAAAACUACCCAGAGGAGGCAGAUGGAACCCUGGACAGCAUCAGCCUGGCCAUCACCUGUGCCUUUAACAGACGAGGCACGCUGCUGGCCGUGGGGUGUAAUGACGGGAGGAUUGUCAUCUGGGACUUUCUCACCAGAGGCAUCGCCAAAAUUGUCAACGCUCACGUGCAUCCAGUCUGCUCUGUCAGCUGGAGCAGAGAUGGGUACAAGUUACUGAGUGCCUCCACAGACAACAAUGUGACCAUCUGGGACGUCCUGACUAGUGACUGUGAACAGAGGUACCGCUUCCCAUCACCUGUUCUCAAGGUGCAGUUCCAUCCACGAGACAACUCUAGAUUCCUGGUGUGCCCCAUGAAACAUGCUCCUGUGCUGGUCUGUAGAGACGGUGGACACUCAGUGGUUCCUGUAGACGAUGAUUCUGACCUGAAUAUAGUUGCAUCCUUUGACAGAAGAGGAGAGCAUAUUUAUACGGGGAAUGCCAAAGGGAAGGUUACUGUAUUAAAGACAAAGGAGUUGGAGCUGGUGGCAUCCUUCAGAGUGACAACUGGAACCAGCAACACCACCGCCAUCAAGUCUAUAGAGUUUGCCAGGAGGGGCAACACAUUCUUAGUGAACACAGCAGACCGUAUCAUCCGUGUGUACGAGGGGGGAGAGGUCCUGGCCUGUGGGAAAGACGGGGAGCCAGAACCCAUUCAGAAACUACAGGAUCUGGUCAACAGAACGCCAUGGAAGAAAUGCUGUUUUUCAGGAGAUGGGGAGUACAUUGUAGCAGGUUCUGCCCGACAGCAUGCCCUGUACAUCUGGGAGAAACAGGUGGGAAACCUGGUGAAGAUCCUACAUGGUACCAGGGGGGAGCUACUGCUGGAUGUGGUGUGGCACCCAGUCCGCCCUAUCAUUGCAUCAGUGUCCAGUGGUGUUGUGUCAGUGUGGGCACAGAACCAAGUCGAGAACUGGAGUGCCUUUGCUCCAGACUUUAAGGAGCUGGAUGAGAAUGUGGAGUAUGAUGAGCAUGAGAGUGAGUUUGACAUCGAGGAUGACGACAAGUCAGUAGAAGAGAAAGAAGGUCCUGAGGAGGAAGAUGAGGAGGUGGAUGUGACGACCGUGGACGCCAUCGCAGCCUUCUGCUCCUCAGAUGAGGAGGACGACAACGACAACUCCCUCCUGUACCUCCCCAUCACUCCUGAGGUGGAUGAUCCCGAGGAGGUCGGCUGGGGGCCUCCCCAGGAGCAACCUCCACAGGAAGAGGCAGUGGAGACCAAGAAACGUUCCCAUUCCAGUCACCAGGACGGCGCGCCCUCCCCAAAGAAGAGGAAGGUGAAAACCUACGACAUCCACCUCCAGGACGCACCCGCAGACGAAAUCCACCCACUGUUGUGUGCCAAAGGUUCAGAGGGCAAGGCGAAGAAGAAAGCCGGCAGGCCCAAAACUCACGGCAAAGUGGGCUCGGGCAAGUCCAAGGGCACGCGGGGGGCAGCAGCACUGGCAGACAUCACAUCAGGAAGGGUCAAGGACCUGCCGGACAGAACAGGCUCUGGGACAGACGGUAAAUCUGAUGUACUGACAACAGCUGACUCCAUGGGCAGUCAGAGUGAGGGGGUUCUGGUGUCUGACACUGUAGCAGUGGAACAGUGAGAGGCAGUGUCAACAGUGGCUUAACAAUUAACAUCCACAACCAGCUUGUAAAUGAGACAGACUGUGACCCUGUUCAUAUACCAGGCUUCACAUAUCCUGCUAGUUUUUUGCAGGGUUUUAGCCUGAUAUGUUUAGCCGAGUAUGAAUGCGAAAUAUCCUGCUUAAUAAGGGUUUUACCUGAAUCCAGCCACUGAAUGUACCUCGAUUGAAUUUAUCUGCAAAUUUACCUUAAAUCCUUACAAAACAGUAUGUUUCGAAUUCAUACCUGGCCAAACAUAUUCAGCUAAAAUCCGACAAAAGAAUGUAGUGGAACAUGUGUGAAGCCUGGUAUGAACUGGGUCUUUGAGAAAGAUGGAGAUUUUCUGUACAUGUCAACAUCUGAACAAGCAAAGCUUGAGAACUAAAAUUAUCCAUGAAGUACAGUGAUAUUCUCAAUUAAAGUUUAUUGUAUGCACCCGAUUAUUACAUGUAGUUCAACAAAAAACAUUUCUGAGGAGUGCAGUCAAUACACAUGUAUGUGAUCACUUACUACUACUAUGUAUAAUACAUCAACAUUUCCUUUGAUUUCCGGAUUCCGUGCACACCAAUUGUAGAUUUUUUCUUGUGAUGUGGGAAAGUAUAUUUUUUAGUUUUGUUCAGCAACUCACUGUCUAGUUCUGUGGACUACUGUAGAAGUACUGUUACUUGUAUAUAUUAUGGCAUCUUACUUAUAAUUAUACUGUGUAGGGUUGAGAGUUCACAACUUCAGCAGGCCUAAUGUAGAAAAUGUUUCACCAAGACAUCAGAUAUAGAAGCAAGAAAGAAAGCUUUACAUAUUCGAUUACGUACUAUUU